AUGGCUCCUCAAGUCACACCUGAGCUACUCCGGAAUCUUUCAAAGAACUCAGGACCAGACGUUGAGAUUCUAGUCGACAAGAACAGCUCCCGCUUUAAGGAACAAUCCAAGAGAUGGACUGACAUUGACAGAGAUUUCGUAUUCACCAUCUCUCAUUCAGAAGACAUACUCUGUGCCUUUUGUCACCAAGAGCGGAGGACACAGCAGUCAACAAUAGGCGAGCACGGUAUAGUCGUCGACCUGAGCAAGUACUCGGCUAUUAGAGUUGACGCUAAUGCUAGGACAGCGACCCUCGCAGGGUCAAUUCUUUGUAAAGACGUAGCGGUGGCACUGGCAGCGAAGGGCUUCUUCACUGGUGAUAUCCGCCCUCCCAAUUUGAGUCACUACCCCUAG